GCCAAGCUCUACGAUCCUUUGGGAUUAAUAGCUCCGGUAAUAGUACAGGCAAAGAUACUGAUGCAAAGUCUUUGGGUGGUAGCUUCAGAUUGGGAUGAAGAAAUUCCUGAUCAUAUGCAAAGAGCAUGGAUUGAAUUUUGUCAAAAAUUACCCAUCAAGGUUCAGCAUACCAAGAUUUGCAUUUAUACAACACUUCGAACAAAUUGAGCUACAUUGUUUCGCAGAUGCAUCCGAGGCUGCGUACGGGGCCUGUCUUUACGUCAGAACCGAAGACAGCAACGGCAAUGUUUCAGUGAGUCUGCUGGCUUCGAAAUCCAGAGUAUCGCCAUUGAAACCACUCACCAUACCUCGUCUAGAAUUGUGUGCCGCGUUACUUGCUGCUCGUCUGCAUGAUAAAGCAAAGAAAGCAUUGUUAAUGCCGGUUAAUCGAACCUUUUUCUGGCCCGAUUCAACAGUGACACUACAUUGGCUACAAUCUCCGCCAAGGACGUGGAAAACUUUCGUGGUAAAUCGCGUCGCCGAGAUUCAGGAGUUAACUCAAGCAGGAAAAUGGCAGCAUGACUCUGGAAAAGACAACCCGGCGGAUCUUGUAUCCCGUGGUAUAACAGCAGACGAACUAGUUGAAAGCGAUCUCUGGAAGAGUGGUCCAUGUUGGUUAAAGGAGCCAAAAUCAUCCUGGCCUCAGAACAUUACCUCCACGUCAAAUCUAGCUGAAGGUGAAAGAAAAUCCAGCAGUGUUGCCUUAGCUGUACAAACUAAAGAGCCCAAUGAAGUUUUUCUACGGUUUUCCUCAUUCUCAAAGUUGGUGCGAGUCAUUGGUUUUUGUUUACGGUUCUUCAACAAUUCUCGCAAUCCGCAUCAGAAAAUAAAAAGCAACACAUUAUCCGUAGAUGAAUUACAUGGAGCAAAGAUUGCAUUGAUCAAGAUUGUGCAGUCUGAAACCUUUCCUGAAGAACUGCAAUACUUAAAGAAUGGAAAGCUGGUACCUCGAACCUCGCAGUUAAAACUACUCGGCCCAUUUAUCGACGAAGACGGAAUAAUUCGUGUUGGCGGCCGGUUGCAGCAUUCAGAAGCAUCCUAUGAUGUUCAGCAUCAAAUAAUCAUUCCUGGGUUCCAUCCGUUCACGCAGGCGCUAUUAGCGCACAAACAUCGGAAGUACAUGCAUUUAGGAGUAAACGGGACUUUGGCCGUUGUACGGGAUGAGUAUUGGCCUAUCAACGGCAAACGAGCUAUUCGCAGUGUCAUACGGAACUGUUACCGAUGCUGCAGAUCCAAGCCUCAACCCAUUCUUCAACCUGAAGGGCAGCUUCCCAUUGGACGAGUUACUCCUGCAAGUGCUUUCACUAGCACAGGACUGGAUUACUGUGGUCCCUUCCUGCUUAAACCGUAUCAUCGAAAGGCAGCAGCUCAUUUGUCUAUCGUCGAGGCAAACCAUUACACAUCUAUUCGGACAACGGAACGAAUUUCAUUGGCGCUAAGAAUGAACUACACGCCAUCUACAAGAUGCUCCAACAAGAUCCAUCACAUAGUAUUGCAUCAUAUUUGGCUGAUGAAGGAAUUCAAUGGCACCUCAUUCCACCACGCGCACCCAACUUCGGCGGACUUUGGGAGGCCGCUGUUAAGGCAGUGAAGACUAAGCUCAUUCGUCAGCUCGGCACAGCUUUAUUGACUUCGGAAGAGUUAAAUACCGUCUUAAUCAAAAUAGAAGGCUGUUUGAACUCCCGACCUUUACUUCCUUUAUCAGAAGACCCGAACGACCUGGCAUGUUUAACACCGGCACAUUUCUUGCUUCAUGACAAACUACGGGUUUUACCUGAAACCCAACUGAACGAGAUACCCAUAAAUCGGUUAAGCCGAUAUCAGCUUCUGCAGCGGUACAAUCAGUCUCUUUGGUCUCGAUGGAAGCAGGAAUAUCUAAAAACGCUGAAUAUCAAUCAUCGAGCUAAGCGAAACGAACAUCGAUUAAAAACUGGAGACAUCGUAAUCAUGAAGGUUGAUAAUUUGCCAGCUGUGGAAUGGCCACUAGCUAGAAUCAUCCAAUUACAUCCAGUAUCGGAUGGAGUCAACCGUGUGGCAACUUUGCGUACUAAAAGCGGCAUCCUCAAAAGAGCAGUAUCCAAGAUUUGCCCUUUAGAGUGUGCAAACGAAUAGCUGUUGAAAAACUAAGUAUUUCAAGGCGGCCGGUAUGUUGUGUCCAAAAAAUCAUUAUAUCACAACUAUGCUACGCGAGCGUAGCGUUCUCGAGUGCACCAGCGUGUCGUUCUCGAGUGCGCGCACGUGAUCCAAAAAGUGGUAUAAAAGGAGGAGCGAGGGGCGAGGAAGAUUAAUGUUCGGUCUGAAUUGGAAGCAGCAGCACCGGUUCAGCAGCCCGCUAGCCCCAACGAGGAAGACGCUCUCUGGCUUUAGGCCCAACGAGGAAGACGCUCUCUGGCUUUAGGCCCAACGAGGAAGACGCUCUCUGGCUUUAGGCCCAUCGAGGAAGACGCUCUCUGGCUUUAGGCCCAACGAGGAAGACGCUCUCUGGCUUUAGGCCCAACGAGGAAGACGCUCUCUGGCUUUAGGCCCAACGAGGAAGACGCUCUCUGGCUUUAGGCCCAUCGAGGAAGACGCUCUCUGGCUUUAGGCCCAACGGGGAAGACUCUGGGCUCGCGCAGCAACAAGGGGACUCCCAGGCUUUCGAGCCAAAACACAAAAAAUAACACAACGUAGGGAGAAGUAAAAGUUUAAGUGAAUAAAUCA